AUGAACGUCAAGCUUGCGCCGCCCGACGAGAUGAACGGCGAGAUCAUUGCCAUCCUCAUUCUCUUCAACUUUCAUUGCCGCGUUCAACUUAAUGACGAGGCACAAGCCGCUCGCAAAAAGUUGCUCCUCUUCCUCAUGGACAAAAUUUACCAGACACGCGCACCUGCGCCUUCGUAUGCAGCAUUUGCAGACGAGCUCGGGGCCGCGAUGGAAGGAGACGAGGACAAUCACCGUAUCAUGACCGACUACCUCGAGACCAUGCUCGAUCUGCUCCAUGUUCCCGAUGGUUUGACCAAGCUGUUCAACGAAAAGCUGAACAGAAUCCUGCCUAGCUACGAGCCCAUGGGAUUGCUCAAUGCCACCGACAUCUUCUUCGAGCGAAGGUCCUUCUUCGGCCUCUUUUUCCGUCGCAUCAAGUUGAUCUUUGACAGUCUGGAUUUGCAAACAAGGGAUCACUUGACAAUAGCUGCGCGCGCAUGGAAAGAGGGACAGGCUUUCGACUUGAAUGACAGCGAGCUCUCCGGUAUCGACUCGGCGCAUUUGCUCGAUGCAAGGCUUGGCGCGUUCCGAGACUACCAGCUUGGCUUACUCCGCGGCGACUAUACCAUGGCAAAGGACAACAUGGAAAGGUUCUUUGACUUUUACGCUCCUGGCGCUGACCGCGAGCUUCAUCAACACACGCUUCUUCAUCUAGCCGCUUUCCAUGUCAGGACUGAGAGCUUCUGCGCAGCCAAAGCAGCCUUGGACGAGGCUAUAAGCCUUGCGCGGUCGGCAAACGACAGCGAGUGCAUCUCUGCCUGCGAGAGCCUCAUGCAAUACAUCCAAGGUGUGGGCACUAGCACCCUCGCUUCUGUUCCGGGAGCAGCCAAUGUCUCGACGAACGAGAGGCAACGCCGACCUAUCUAUGACGCGGUGUGGCAGACCCGUUGCAGCCUAGCUAAGGGCCGCUCAGCAAUCGAGACACUUCAAGACUUGGAGGAUUGUGCUGCACCUUCUCAGCCUUCUAGGGACUCGUUGGCGGCCAGCGAGGCCUCCUUGCAGCUCAUUCAGGAUGCCAAACGACGUCUCGGCAGGGAUACAUUUCCAAGCGACGGUGAAGUCGCGCGUCUUUGGGAUACCUUGGGCCAGCCAGCGCUUGCUGACGUCUAUCGGAAUCGGAACAUUGCAGGUGCAAAUGGUCGAGCACGCUCAGCUUUGCAAGAAGAAAGCCGAAUCGAUUGCAUCUGUCACAAAGCCAAAACGCUUGCACGUGCGGGAGAGUACGAAGCGGCGCUCAGCUUGCUGGUCUCACCGGCCACUUUCGAAGCGAUCUCAUUCUGCGAGUACACGAUCUGGCACAGGGCAAUCGCUGAGGUCCUGCGCUUACGAGCAACGCGCAGACAAGAUGUAGCGACCUUGCAAUUGUUGGCAGAGAGCCUGCCGGGUUCCGACCAGGCUCAUGUCGAUCGCGACGUUGAAGAUGCUGUCGAUUCGCCGAGCGCUUUGGUCGAGCUCGCGUUGCGCUGCCUCAAGUCCGGAAAAUCGAGUGCGACUGAGAAGAAUUUCGGAUUGCGAUUCAAAGAGUACAGCCGACUUACAGCAGAGCAAGUGGCAGAAGCGCUGCUGAACAAAGCUGCGAUAAGGAUGAAACGUGGUCGACCGAUCCUCGCACUGAUGCCUACACUGGCAAGUCUAUCGAUUGCCAAGGACAUGGAGUGCAAUCGGUUGAUCCUCAAUGCAAGAGUUCAGCUAGCUGAGGCAUUGGGGCUUCAGCUCAAGAUGCCAGAUGGAGCACGGCUGCUCUUGGAAUCGGAUCUGCCCAACUGCCUGUCGAGUGAUGAUGUCGAGCUGAGAGCGCGCGCGAAGUGGACGUAUGCACGGAUGCUGCUCUCAUGCUCGGACAAGCAAGAGCGCGAAGAUCUGACCAAGGUGCUCUACUGGUUGCGAGAAGCCGAAAGAGACGCACAACAGGCCGAAUGCCUCGAGCUUCACACGCAGAUUCUCUACUAUAUGUUGCGGCUGCACCACCACCUGGGCGAUGACAGAGAAACAAUCUCUGUGACAGCUCGUUUAGAUACAGUAGAGCGCGCUUGGACUCGCUUGGAUGCUUCGCAGGAUCAAGCCCAUCUGCAACAGGUUCGCCAAAUCCUAGAUAUCGUUGUCUCUGUCGCAGGUUAUGUGGCUAGCGGAGAAGCUGCGAACAAGCGUCUUGAAAUGGUCUAG